UAAAUAUGAACAACUUGACGUGUUGUAGUCCCCCCCAGCACGCUCGUAACAGCAGUUGUUGACAGAUAAGGAAGGGUAUGUGGAGUGGAGUGGAGCGGUGGAGCAACUGUGACAACGUGAGCUCCACAACAAUAGCGUCAUUCGCGCAGUCUACAUCGGCUCCUGCUGGCUUAUUUAGCCACAAGGGAAAACCACAAUGCUGUGCUGGGGCAAUGCUUCCUAUGGCCAGCUUGGUUUGGGGGGCAUCGAUGAAGAGAUAGUGGUGGAGCCAAGGAAUUGUGACUUCUUCCUUGCAAAGCAAGUGCGCGAUGUAGGCUGUGGACGCAAGCACACAGCAAUCGUGCUGGAUGAUGGGACAGUAUACACGUGUGGUUGCAAUGAUCUCGGUCAACUUGGCCAUGAGAAGUCCCGGAAGAAACCAGAACAGGUUGUGGCUCUGGAUGCUCAGAUCAUAAUAGCAGUGUCCUGUGGAGAGUCCCAUACACUUGCCUUGAAUGACAGCGGGCAAGUUUUCUCAUGGGGCCUUGGUUCAGAUGGACAGCUGGGCUUAAACAACUUUGAAGAAUGUGUUCGUGUGCCUCGGAACAUCAAGACUUUGACUGAUGUUCAAAUCACUCAGGUAGCCUGUGGGUACUGGCACUCAUUAGCACUUUCAAAAGGUAGCCAGGUUUUCUCCUGGGGUCAAAAUCGAUAUGGACAGCUCGGCCUAGGAGCGAAGGAACAAAGCAUUUCUACCCCUCAAAUCAUUCAGUCUUUGCAGGGCAUUCCUUUUGCUCAGAUAUCAGCAGGUGGCGCUCACAGUUUCACCCUCACGCUCUCAGGAGCUGUGUUUGGUUGGGGCCGGAACAAGUUUGGUCAGCUCGGUGUCAAUGACACCAAUGACCGGUGUUUUCCAACCCUGCUGAAGUCACUUAGAUCGCAGAGAGUAAUUUUUGUCUCCUGUGGAGAAGAUCAUACAGCAGCCUUGACUAAGGAAGGAGGUGUCUUUACCUUCGGAGCAGGAGGAUAUGGUCAGCUGGGGCAUAACUCUACAAAUCAUGAAAUCAAUCCAAGGAAAGUGUUUGAGCUCAUGGGAAAUGUAGUCACGCAGAUUGCAUGUGGAAGGCAGCACACACUGGCUUUCACACCCUCAUGCGGAAAGAUGGACUCAUUUGGUCUUGGUGGGAAUGGACAGCUCGGUACACGCUCCAGCUGCAACAGGAAAACUCCGGGCCCUGUCAAGUUUCCCUGGAUACACUCUGUUGAUUCAGAUGAUAGUGUCAUGAACCAGAACUGUUGUAUCAAGAGGAUUUAUGCAGGAGGGGACCAAAGCUUUGCUCACUAUUGUACUGCUAACAGCCUGCAAAAUAAUGGUAAAGUGGCGACACAUGACACCCAGCGAAGAGUUUGUACUUUGAAUGAGGAAACCAUACAAAGAUGGCUGAACCAUACACCCGGAAGACUCCCGCUAGAAUUCUCCAAUGAGAUUGACCUGGUGUUCUCAACUGCAAGCUGCCUCAACGGGUCCUUUUUGUCUAUGAGUCAACCAGAUCACUACAGUACCAGCAGUAAAUGUUCAGGAAUCGAUCUGAACAUGGCCCGCCUCCAAUUUCAAAGACUGAUUACACCAGACCACCCUGAGAUUGGCCAACAGAUUGCUGCAAGUGUGGAGAAGAAUCUUAUUCCAAGACUGAUCAACUCCCCUCCAGACAUAGAAGCGUUGAGGCUCUACCUCAUUCUUCCAGAAUGCCCUCUCUUCAAUGAUUCCAACAAUUAUGUGACGAUCUCUAUCCCAUUUGCCAAAUCAGUCAUCAGCCUGAAAGAAGCUCCGCUUAAAGUGCUAGCAAACUGGUGGUCCACCUUGGAGCCCCAAGUGUUCCAGCGGCUGGUCGAGAUGUACAAAGAAGUGGUGGUGUACCUGCUCCAGAUGCACAAGGUUGGAAUCCCGUCAACAGAGCAAAGGAUUUUCACCAGUUUUCUGGACACGUCACUUCGACUGCUGGAAAUCCUUCACAAGGUGAACGAGAGAGGUGGACACAUUAUACAGUAUGAUAAAUUCUACAUUCAUGAGUUGGAUGACUUAAUAGACAUCAGAAAUGACUACAUCACAUGGAUUCAGAGACAAAUGUAUCCAGGGGCAAGUAUUUUCACCUGCUUUUUGAAAUUUUGCAGAACUUUGGAUUCAUCGACGAAUAUGACUCAUUCUGUGAUGCCUCUCUGUCCUCAGGGUCCUGAUGGCGUGGUGACCAUGUGCAGGUAUCCCUUUGUAUUUGAUGCCCCAGCAAAGACUACUCUGCUACACACCGAUGCUGUUUUACAAAUGCAGAUGGCAGUGGAUCAGGCACAAAUGCAAAACUUGAGUUCCAUGUUCUUGCCUGCUGUGGAAUCCGUCAACCCAUGCCUCAUCCUGAUUGUCCGGAGGGACAAUAUAGUUGGAGACACCAUGGAAGUUCUCAGAAAGUCAAAGAACGUCGACUACAAGAAGCCGCUUAAGGUUAUCUUUGUGGGAGAAGAGGCAGUGGAUGCGGGAGGUGUGAGAAAGGAGUUCUUCCUCUUAAUCAUGAAAGAGCUGUUGGAUCCAAAGUACGGGAUGUUUCGUUACCACGAGGAGUCCAGGCUUCUCUGGUUUUCAAGCAAGACCUUUGAGGACAUUGAAUUGUUUAACCUCAUCGGAGUCAUAUGCGGUCUGGCCAUCUACAACCUCACGAUUGUGGAGCUCAACUUUCCAGUGGCCCUGUACAAGAAGCUUCUGAAGAGGAAUCCCACGUUAGAUGACCUGAAGGAGCUCAAGCCAGAGGUGGGAAGGAGUCUCCAACUGUUGCUGGACUACCAUGAAGAUGACCUUGAGGAAACAUUCUGCUUGAACUUCACAAUCACAGAAGAAAACUACGGCGCUACAGAGGUGUUGGACCUCAUACCCAAUGGGGAAAACAUCAAUGUAAAUAAAUCCAACAGGCAGGACUUCGUCAAUGCCUACGUAGACUACACAUUCAACACCUCAGUUGCCUCACUCUUUGAGUGCUUCUAUGCAGGCUUCCACAAGAUUUGUGGAGGCAAAGUUCUGGAGCUCUUUCAGCCCAACGAACUGCAAGCCAUGGUGAUUGGCAACACCAACUAUGACUGGACUGAACUUGAAAAGAGCACUGAAUAUAAGGGAGAGUACUGGGCUGAACAUCCCACCAUCAAGCUCUUCUGGGAAGAGUUCCACAACCUUCCUUUAGAGAAGAAAAAACAGUUUCUCUUAUUCCUCACAGGAAGUGAUCGCAUACCCAUCUUGGGCAUGAAAAGCCUUAAACUAGUGAUCCAGCCGACCAAUGGGGGAGAACUUUAUUUGCCUGUCGCCCACACGUGCUUCAACUUGUUGGACCUGCCCAAAUACACUAAUGCGGAAACACUGCGUGAGAAGCUUCUUCAAGCUAUAGAUCAUAAUCAAGGCUUCAAUCUAGCAUGAGGAAAGCUCCAGAUGACCAUGCUCAGAAUGUUGAUGGCUUCCAACGUUUUGCUUUGCAGACAGUAGGAAACGAGCAGUGUGAGCAUUGCUUGAAAACAGGCUAUAAGACUUUGCCAUGUCAAAUUUUCAUGUUACUUGGAUUUUUGUUUCCCCCAGCUUUUUCAAAUCUGUCAUAGUGUUUUGGUGAGUAAAACACGUAUUAGAAGCGGUCUUACAUUUCAUAAUGCACUUAGGCUCAUUCAUUGUUUGGAUUUGGCAAGAUCAAGAAAGUGGUGUUACAGUUGACACGAUUAGUAACAAGCAACAUAAAUAGCACUACCUUUCUGACAGAUGAAAUCUAAUCCUGCAACAGUACUUGACUGAAAAUUGAGAAUAAAAUGACCCAGUUGAAAUGAACACUUCCAAGUGAUCAUAACAAAACAUGUUUGUUUCACUGUCGCUGAGGUGAUAAAAAUCACACAUUUACAAAGCUAACAGGCCACCCCAUAUGCAUGAAGUGUGUGCUAUAGAAAUGACUGUACUAACCUUUGUUUCACAUAAGUUCCACUCCAGUGUGAUAAUUGAUACACAAUCGUGCAAGACAUUUGCUUUGAGUGCAUUGUGUUGGCUUUCAACAUUAAAAUGGUCAACAAAUAAAA